GGGGCGGGGUGGGACGGGGCCGUGGAGCCGCUCCGCCAGCUCGGGCAGCGCCGUCCUCGCCCGCCCUCCCCGCGCCGAGGCUGCCCGCGGAAUGAGCGUCCCCCGGGCGGCUGCCGCUGCCGCCUCCACUCGGGCUCCGGCGGGCGGGCGGAGAGUGCGGCUGCCGGCGCGGUCGCUGCGGCGGGAGCGGAGUGAAUGACCGAGAGGAGCGGCGCGGAGAGGCAGCCCCGGGAUCAGGAUGCGGGCGCCCGCCGGCAUCCUCAACCUCCUGCUGCUGUCCUUGCUGGCCGGCCUCGAUCCCUCCAAGACUCAGAUUAGCCCCAAGGAAGGAUGGCAAGUUUAUAGUUCAGCCCAGGAUCCUGAUGGCCGUUGCAUUUGCACUGUUGUUGCACCUGAACAAAACCUAUGUUCGAGAGAUGCCAAAAGCAGGCAGCUCAGACAGCUACUAGAGAAGGUUCAGAAUAUGUCCCAAUCUAUUGAAGUUUUAAAUCUACGGACUCAGAGGGAUUUCCAGUAUGUUUUAAAAAUGGAAACACAAAUGAAGGGGCUGAAGGCCAAGUUUCGACAGAUCGAAGAUGAUCGGAAGACAUUAAUGACAAAGCACUUUCAAGAGUUGAAAGAAAAGAUGGAUGAGCUCCUGCCACUGAUCCCAGUUCUGGAACAAUACAAAACUGAUGCCAAGUUGAUCACACAGUUCAAGGAGGAAAUUAGGAAUCUGUCUACUGUGCUCACUGGGAUUCAGGAAGAAAUUGGUGCUUAUGACUAUGAGGAACUACACCAGCGUGUAGUCAAUUUAGAAACCAGGCUUCGUGACUGCAUGAAAAAGCUCACGUGCGGCAAAUUGAUGAAAAUUACCGGCCCCAUUACAGUGAAGAUAUCUGGAACCCGAUUUGGAGCCUGGAUGACAGAUCCAUUGGCAUCAGAGAAAAAUAACCGAGUCUGGUACAUGGAUAGUUACACUAACAAUAAAAUUGUCCGUGAAUACAAAUCAAUCGCAGACUUUGUCAGCGGGGCCGAAUCAAGGACAUACAACCUUCCAUUCAAAUGGGCAGGAACCAACCACGUUGUCUACAAUGGCUCCCUCUAUUUCAACAAGUACCAGAGCAACAUCAUCAUCAAGUACAGCUUCGACACGGGGCGGGUGCUGGCACAGCGUAGCCUGGAGUACGCUGGCUUCCACAACGUCUACCCUUAUACCUGGGGUGGCUUCUCUGAUAUCGACCUGAUGGCAGAUGAAAUUGGGCUGUGGGCUGUGUAUGCCACCAACCAGAAUGCAGGCAACAUUGUCAUCAGCCAGCUGAACCAGGAUACGCUGGAGGUGCUGAAGAGCUGGAGCACGGGCUACCCAAAGAGAAGUGCUGGAGAAUCCUUCAUGAUCUGUGGCACCUUGUAUGUCACUAACUCGCACUUAACAGGAGCCAAGGUCUACUAUUCCUACUCCACAAAAACCUCCACUUAUGAGUACACAGACAUUCCUUUCCAUAAUCAGUAUUUUCAUAUAUCCAUGCUUGACUACAAUGCAAGAGAUAGAGCUCUCUAUGCCUGGAAUAAUGGACAUCAAGUCCUGUUUAACGUCACCCUUUUCCACAUCAUUAAAACUGAGGAUGACACAUAAUUUUCUUUCCCUUACCUCUCUCCCUCAAAGCAGUCUCAUUUGUGAUUAACUCUAAAAGUAUCCAUCUCUCUCAGUUCCUUUUAAUUUACAUUUCUUUCUUCAUUAAACAAAAUCAACAUUUUCUACUAUGUAAUGCAUUUCAAAUAUGGCUGAACCUGUCAAAAAUGACCUGUCAGAAAUAAAAAGCAUCUUAACUCAUGAUUCUGCAAGGUCUAUUAAGACCUUGCCCUGAAAAGCACUAAAGAGGAUUGAAAUGGCUAAAGACAGUUUAAAAGAUUACGAUCUGCCUUAUUUUAGAGUCGAGACUAAUGGUGGCUUAAAUGCAUGAAUGUCUUUUUUUACCUCAUUUUUUGUUUUAAUAUAUUGCUUAACUUCAGGAAACAUUUUGGUAGUGUCAGACACAUAUUGCACAUUGUAUUUUUUUAUUUAUUCCAAAAAAAAGAUUUAGGAAUUUAAUUUACUUAGACAAGGAUUAUGAUUCAUUUUGCCAUCAUCCAAUUUCAGAUGUGGUGCUGUACAGUAUGUUUUUAAAUCUCUUGCAAACAUUUUAUCAACGGUAUGUAUUUCUACCAUUGUAACCACCAUUGUGCAAUUGUAUCUCUUCACUUAUGUGAAAGUAAACUAAGUACUAUUUUUUAUAAAAUAUAUCAAAGCUUAAUUGCA